UUUUUCUUUUUGUCUGCUGUAGUAUUUUCAUACUGCUGAGCAUUUCUGUAAGCUUGUGACAUUGUACUCGUGCAUGGGAGUAAACCUUCUAUAUAUGUUUCUCGUCCUAGUCAUUUUGUUCCCUUGGGAGCUUAUAUUCGUUGUUCCGCAACAAGAUCUAGUUUUGUCUACUCGUUCUAGAUUAAAGCUUCUCGUCCUUUCAGUUAAAGCUGCUGAGAAUGAAUUGGUCCCUGUUUUCAUGUGCAACAUAGAAUGCUUCAUGUUUUACUGGACUCCCUGCUAAUCUUACAGAGGUGAUUUGGCUUAGUACAAUGUUCUAGAUUAAAGCUUCUCGUCCUGUCAGUGAAAGCUGCUGAGAAUGUGUUGGUCCCUGUUUUCAUGUGCAACAUAGAAUGCUUCAUGUUUUACUGGACUCCCCGGUAAUCUAACAGAGGUGAUUUGGCUUAGUACAAUGUUCAUAUUUGUAUUGGCUGCAUCAAUUAUAGCAACUUUGGAAUAUCUUCGUUCUCUUAUCUCUUCCCUUUAUAUCAUUCCCCCCUCGCAUGAUCGACUCCAUACAGACCCUACUAAUGUAACAACUCCAUGUGACCUAUGGCUGACAGACCAAAGCAAAGGUUAGCUUUGAGUUCUGAGCUGUGAGCUAUGUCAUUCGGACUUGGUUACUCGUGUCACCUAUUGUUAUUUUUUGAUAAAAACUGUUAUAUUUGAUCUAAAAGAAAGUCUCUAGUGUCUAUACCUCAUUAGAGUGGAGUGUUUAUACAGGCACUUGAGGUUUAAAGAAGAGUUUGAUUAGCUUAGGUUAUGACUUUUGACUUGUGAUUUAUGAGCGAGUUAUAUAUGUUCAAAUCUCAGCGUUAAUUUGGUCCGCAUUUGUUGGUAAGAAUUAGGUAGAGUUCUGUGGGUUGUACAAUUUUUGCUUCCUACGCACAUUCGUUAUUAGCUGCUCUUCCACAUGAUGAUUCUUUUGUAUGGUUGACAUGUACAUUUACAUCUGAUAUUGAAGCGAAUUCAUGUCUAUUUUCUCCUUUCCCCUUGAUAAACUAUGGGAAGGACAAUAUGGUCUUGGAGAUUGCUGUAGUGACUGUUUUUCCUCAAAUCCUCAGAAUGCCAGUUAGAAGUUUCAAGUAAGCUUGAUAUAUUUGCUCAUGCAUAUGGUCUUUGGAUUGCCGUAGCGUCUGGAUUUCAGCUGAAGGCUAUUAAAUCAUUAUCAUGCAUGAGUCAUGACUCAUUAUGCUACUACGUAUUUCAAGCAAUAACUUGUAGAAUUGAACAAGUUGCUAUCCGUCUGUUUGUCUCAUUUCAUGCUGAAAUUCCUUCCUUGUGAAUAGAUGACUCCAGAGAUACAAACUUUCCAUAUAAAUAGCCAGAAAGUGCAGCAGGUUGACAACAUCAGGAGUUGCUGGACACUUCCUAUGGUUGAGAAUCAUGAGGCCUCUGAACCACUCGGGAGUCAAAUUGAAGGUGGUGGGAAGACAAAAAUUGAGGCCUCUGAAUCACUCGGGAGUCAAGUUGAAGGUGGUGGGAAGACGGAAAUUGAGGUCUAUGUACCAUUACCUGGUCCAAUGAGUACAGGCGGAGGUGUGAAGAUGACUAAUGGUGGGUAUACUCCACAUUCUGAUGGGCAUGAGAAACAAGACGGUGUAACACCUAAUGGGGAUGAGAAACAGGAUGGCAUUGCAAAAGGAAUGAUGGAUGAGAAAACUGAUGAUGGGAAUGGGAAACUGAGACCCGAAAGUACUGUUAUACAACCCCCAUCUAUGCCUAUCGGAGUGAUUCCCAUCCUUCCCGGAGGAGCUGGCUCGUUUCAUUUUGGUUUAGGGCCUAUUGAUUUUGGAGGAAACAUUGGAUGGGGUGGGUUUUCACCAGGGUAUGUGGUCUCAUACAGUCAGCCUCAACCCUACGUUGUCGUCUCACCAUACUCAACACCGUACCCCAUUCCUUCUCCAUUUCUACCACCUGGUUCUGCGUAUGGAGCAGGCCAACCGUCACAGGGAUAUUCCAGUUCUUACCCAUCUGUCAGAGGCUACGCACAUGUUUCAUCUCAGAUUGGAGGCUUUGCUUCUAAUGGGAACAACUAGCUGGAAAUAAGAGCAGGAGCAGCUGAUGAUUGAUGAAGUCAUUGAUAUGCUUAGUAGAAAUGCUUGUUUAGGUGUAUAAAGAAGUUUGAAUAAAUUGUGUCUCAAUAAUUACAAUGAUGUUACUGAUAUUCAUUAUGAGAAUAAACUUGCGCUUGUUGA